UCAUAUUACAACGAGUUGGCAGCACAGGCCGAAUGACAUUCGCAUAAACGCCGCAACUGGAACAAGCUUGCAAAAAAUAUUAAUAGAUUUUUUUAAAAUUAUUUUGUAUCUGGAAAAGUAAGCUACACACACUUGCACAAUGUUGAUCAAAGUAAAGACAUUAACCGGCAAGGAAAUCGAAAUCGACAUUGAACCCACAGAUAAGGUUGACCGCAUCAAGGAGCGUGUCGAGGAGAAGGAAGGCAUACCACCGCAGCAACAACGUCUCAUAUUCUCCGGCAAACAAAUGAAUGAUGACAAAACGGCGGCUGAUUAUAAAGUGCAAGGAGGUUCAGUGUUACAUUUAGUUUUGGCUUUGCGAGGCGGCAAUCAGCUUAUUAACUAGACUGAAGCUGGCGUGUUGAAUUCGUCUUAGUAAAUUGGUAACUCAUUAAGUCAUUUUCUACAAGUACUUCAUGUUACUCAAAUAAAACACCGUCAACGGUAAUUACAUAUAUACGAAAAUACA